AUGGCUUCCAUUGGAUCGGUCGACUCCAGGGCCUCCAGUGACUUCGGGCUGGUGAUUCCAGAGGUCCUGUCUUGCAGCUCAUCAGAACAGUGGUAUUCAUACAGAUUGGCAGUGGAGUCUUCCGUGCUGCAGGGAGUCUUUCCCCAGGAGCCCUAUGACGAGUCUGUGGCGGUGUUCCACAGCUGGGCAAGCCUGGGCCGCGGCCCCGCAGCGGAGCUCCGAAGCUUUGGGGAACGACUGCAGGGCACAGAUGCCUCUUCGACGGAUACAGACUCGUGCCUGCUGGGUCUGGUCACAGCGCUGGAGGUGAUCGCCCGACGAAAUGUCGGCCCUGUGCGUCGGCAGAUGUUAGCCCUUGCAGAGGACCUGCUGUACUUCGGUUCUACAGAUGUCUUGAGCUCCUCCCCUUGGCCGGCAAGGCGGUCGGACAUUUUGCUGAAUCUCCUCCAUCCCGCGGAAGGCCUUGAGGGUGACUGGAAGACUUUCUCCUCGCAGGAAGUUGUGCCGGCGAUGCUGCCAUUUGUCUGGCCACUGCCCAUGAAGACGAAGCUCCCAGAGGUGGAGCCACAGCGCUUUCGCCUGUGGCUGACGGAUCAGCACAGCAUCAUGUCUGGAGAAGUGGCUUACUUGUUCACAAAGCACCUCCGGAACUUUCGGGUGCGCGUGGAUCGACAGAGUGUAAGUCUCUACUGCCGCUUCCACAAUGUCUGCUUUUCGGACGGACGCGUUGCGGCACUUCUUCGUCACCCAAGGAUCUAUCAGAUCCGACCUGGAGCUGGGUUCCUGGAUGGCCUUGAAGAGGUGGACAAAGUGGGUCGGGACAUCGGUCGCCUCGCGCGAGAGUUCCACCACCUGUUCCGCAGUUCCCUCCGAACGGUGGAUGUCUUCAUGUGUUCUGUUCCGAUCUACUGGUGCAAGCUGUACAAGCAUUUCCGGAAACCAAUCCUGGGCGUGAUGGACCAGCCCAUCUUCCUCUUUGUGCAGCCGCAUCUCAGGAUGCAAUGGCUUCAGGACUUUCGUCAACUGGCACAGGACCCAAAGAACUUAUUCCUGUGUGACACGGUGUUUCUUCAGCUGCAAGUGCUGUGGCAGACUGGGUUGAAGUUGCCAGUGGUGAGAUAUUUGGCGAUUCAAACAGCACGGUGGAAAUGGAAGGCCUCUGAGGAGACUCUGCAGCGGAUUCUCGUGGUGCAACAGCAGCUGCACCGGCCUUUCUUCUUGCCGCUGCUGAAGGAGUUCAAUGCACUGAACCUAGGGCUCCAGGAGCUCCAGAAGCUGCAAGUGGUGGGUCUCGAGGAAGUUCCAGCCUGGAAAAGUGGCCGGAAAGACCGGUACAAGCGGCUGGCUGAGCAUCGGGCCGCCGUUGUUUUCCCAUACGACGUGCACUUCAUCAAGCUUCUAGAGCUCUACAGCAUGGGCGUCCCCUUGUACUUGCCAGCGGACUUCUUUAUGUGGGCCUUCAGCUGGACUGUAGCAGACCCGGCGGUCAUGGAACCUUCCAUGGCCCUGUCGAACAACGCCUCAGAAGCGCUGGCCUCAUGGCCACAUCCACCACCCUUCUGCGCUACGAAAGGCUUGAGACAUGUGGACCCACUGCGCUGCCAGUACUGGGCUCCAUACUCGGACAUUGCUCGUUUGCCGCACAUGGCUUACUUUACCAGCUUUCCAGAUCUUCUGCUUCAGCUGCACACUGCAAGCAACGAGGAUUUGCGGCUGCGAAGCGAGGCCAUGCGAAAGUUUCAAGCGGAAACCACUGCGGAAGCUCUCGACUUCUGGCAGCAUGCCGUAACACGAUUGCUGAGCAGCAGGUUCCACCCGCUUCGCCGGCCUCUCCUUGCCGUUUCUCGGGGUCGCCAGGCAAAUCCAGAGACUAAGGGCUCGCAGCGAGCGCAGAACCAGCGAGGUAUGCUGAUCGUGAUGAUGCUCCAAACUUCUCUGGGUCCCGCCUCAGGCGCUACCGUACCUCCAAGAGGCUAUGGGAAGGAGCUGUGCAGCGCCAGCCCCAAACGCAUGCAGUGGUUCCGUGAUGAGGAGGUUGAUUUCAUUGCUCAGCUUGGCGACUUCAUCGAUGGCUGCAACAGGGCCACAGCAGGCCAGGGCCACAAGGCGCUGCAGGACUUGUUGAUUCCUUUGGAGGGCGGGCCGCCCACUCUCCAUCUUGUGGGCAACCACGAGCUGUACAAUUUUCCACGCAAGGAAAUGGAAGAGGGUAUUUCUUUCCCAGAGCUCUCGGAAACCUACAGGAUUUCUGCACCUCCAGUUCUAGAGCCAGAGGCGCCUUCAAGCACAAGCUCCUACUACAGCUUCUGCCCCAGCCAUGAUUGGAGAGUCUGCGUGUUGGAUCCCUACGAAAUCAGUAUAAUGAGCGGUGGUGGGGCUCGACCUGGAGUUGAUGAUGCGGAGCUGAACUCGUACGCUGUGGAGCUGUGUCAAGCACAUAAUCCCAACGACAUUACGAAAGAGGAUUUUGCACGUGGCAUCAAGGAAGGGCCUGCCCUCCGCUGGGUUCCGCUGAACGGCGCGGUGAGCGAGACGCAGUUGAAGUGGCUGGAGGAGACAUUGAAAGAGGCCUCCCAGCAAAACCAGCGAACAAUCUUGCUGAGUCACGUGGUUCUCCUGCCGGAGGCAACGCCGCGAAGCAAUGGGCUUACGCUACUUUGGAACUACGAGCAGGUGCUAGACAUCCUACGAAGUGCUGCAGAGCCUCCUGUGGCUGUGAUGUGCGGCCAUGCUCACCAGUCUGUUUCCGCCACUGACAAGGUUUGUGGCACACGUCACAUCACACUGCCGUCUCCACUGGAGGUCGAUGUGGGGUCGGAUGCCUGUGCCGUCGUCCUGGCACAUCACAAUGGCGAGAUCGAGAUUAAAGGUCGUGGAGACAUUGCCAGCUGCAGGCUCAGCAGAUCAGCAAUGACCGCUUGA